AUGAACCGCGGGGCCGCAGCCCAAGAAGGGGAGAAGGCCCGCACAGCUACGGCAUGCCAACGGACAGUUUCUCCCCAAGAAAAUCACGAACUCGCUACUGCAGAUGCCCGGAUGCCGCGUGAUCGAGUAACUCGUCCCUCCGACCACCAGCGGGUCGAUCUCCAGCCCGGUACCGACACCGCCAGCCAAGAGACCGACAUCGCGACGCGUAAAGCGUCAGGAUACCUCCUCCUCAAAUUUGAGGGACACCGAGCUCCAUCUGUAGAACAUCUCCGGGUAAUGGACGGCGCAUCAAUAACGAGACGUCGAGGCAAUCCUGCACCCACACGCCACGUCCGGCCGGAGUUGGGCGAUUGGACGACGGCAUCUUCAUACCCUAUUCCCGUCAAACCCGGUGCUGACAUCUCUGAACUUAUCCAGCACCCUAUCGGCCUGUCCAGGCGAGAUCGUAUGGCAAUGGAUGGCAUCUUGGACCUCUUGAAGUAA